AAUUGGUGAAGGGAGACCGCCGGGAGCCGCAAAUAGUGCAAUAGUUCUCUCUUGCAUAAAAAUUUUGUUGAACAAUCAUGUUGGACUUUUACUAUAUGCUCUACUCGUCACCCUGCCGGUCAAUCCUGAUGACUGCUCAGGCCUUGGGAUUGGAGCUGAACAAGAAGCAGGUGGACCUGGAUGCUGGUGAUCAUCUGAAGCCGGAAUUCAUCAAGAUCAACCCUCAGCAUACUAUUCCAACUCUGGUGGAUGGUGAUUUUGCCAUCUGGGAAUCGAGGGCUAUCCUGCUUUAUUUGGUGGAGAAAUACGACAAGGAUGGCUCUCUGUAUCCCAAGGAUCUCAAGGAGAGGGCCGUGAUCAAUCAACGCCUGUUCUUCGAUCUGGGAACUUUGUACCAAAGCUACGUCUAUUACUACUAUCCCCAGUUGUUCGAGGAUGUGAAGAAACCAGCUGAUCCUGAGAAUCUCAAGAAGAUCGAUGCAGCUUUUGCUAGUUUCAACACUCUUCUGGAAGGCCAGCAGUAUGCCGCCCUCAACAGAUUGACCUUGGCUGACUUUGCCCUUUUGGCCACCGUUUCGACUUUUGAAAUAUCGGAAUAUGACUUUGGGAAAUAUCCGAAUGUGGUGAGGUGGUACGAUAAUGCCAAGAAGGUGAUUCCCGGUUGGGAGGAGAACUGGGAAGGCUGCGAGUACUACAAGAAAUUGUAUCUGGGUGGCAUUUUGAACAAAAGAUUCCUCAACCGCAAAAUGGACUUAUACUACAGACCCGGAUCUGCCCCCUGUCGCUCUGUUCUGAUGACAGCCAAGGCCUUGGGUGUGGAGUUCGAUAAGGAGACGAUUAUCAACACUCGUGCCGGGGAGCAAUUCAAGCCGGAAUAUCUGAAGAUCAACCCCCAGCACACUAUACCCACUCUGCAUGACAAUGGAUUUGCUUUGUGGGAGUCGCGUGCCAUCAUGGUUUAUCUGGUGGAGAAGUACGGCAAGGACGACAAGCUCUUUCCCAAGGAUGUCCAGAAGCAGGCGUUGAUCAACCAGCGCUUUUACUUUGAUAUGGGCACCCUCUAUAAGAGCUUCUCGGAGUACUAUUACCCUCAGAUUUUCUUAAAGAAGCCUGCCAAUGAGGAGAGCUACAAGAAGAUCGAAGUUGCCUUUGAGUUUCUGAAUACCUUCUUGGAGGGACAGACCUACACCGCAGGAGAGGAUUACAGUCUCGCUGAUAUCGCCUUCUUGGCCACCGUCUCCACUUUUGAUGUGGCUGGCUUUGAUUUUAAGCGAUAUUCUAACGUGGCCCGAUGGUACGAACAGGCCAAGAAACUCACUCCCGGUUGGGAGGAUAACUGGGCUGGAUGCCAGGAGUUCCGUAAAUACUUUGAUAACUAAUUUUUAGUGUUCCUACCUAUAGUUAUACUACUGUACUUAUAAAGUGUUCUAAAAACAAAUUCAAUAAAUAUAAAAAAUACUCUAAA